AUGGUUAACAACAAAACAGAAUUUUAUGAAUGCGGAACACAUUAUGGUAUCUACAUGCAAGGCAAUCCUCCAACAAAAGAAAAUGAAGUUGUGACACGUACAGCUUGUGUCAUCCCACGGUGCACAACACACUAUACCAUUAAAGUGAAAAAAUGCAGUAUUUUUACUGCUUACUAUUUACCACAACCCACGUCAUGUGAUCAGGCAUAUUGUUUUGGAUUUGGAGUUAAUGGCAUUGCACCGAAUAAAACAACGGAAAAACCAUAUGUUGAACCUAAGCUUGUUAAGGUUAAAGGCAAAACAGAUGGUGACGAAAGUUAUCAGAAACUCGUCUUUCAAUGUCAGUUUAGGCCAAUCAGAAAUGACGUCAAUAGGGUGCUCUAUAAGGUGUUCUGGUACAUCAACAAUCACACUUCAACCAUUUUCGCCAGCAAAGCCGUUCCUGAAAGUUCAUUAUCAGAAACAUAUCUAGAGGGUAAAACAGGACUUAACUCAAUCAAACUUGGUGUAGAGAUUUCCUGUAAAGUUCGUCUUUAUUAUGAUGCUCAAGGUCCACCAGGCCCAUCGUCUGAAAAAAGUCAACAUUUUUUUGCUGGAAUUCAGCCUUUGAAGCGGUCCUACACAAUAAUAAGAGGAGACGAAAAAGAAUCACAAAUUGAAUUCAAGCUUACAGUGCCAUUUGGUUGUACGUUCUUCAGUCCAACAGAUACAGUGCCUGUGGAGUGUCCCCUUUCUGUGGAGCUUAACACGCCUGAUUAUUUGAAAUGCAGUCAGGGAGUUUAUGCAGUAAAUAUGUGUGGGAGAAAAGUGUCAAGUCUAACCUGGAACCAGACACAAAGUAUUUCAAUAAAACAUAAAAACAACAACAAUUAUAGAACCGUUAAUACGUUUGAAGUACAUCUCAAAACAAAAGUUAGAGAAAACGGUGAAGAAUUUUGGAAUAAAAUUGAAGUACCAACGAUAUAUAUACAUGUCAUAGAAGACUCUGCAAGAUGGAAAGGGUCAACUUGCACUGCUGUUAGUGAUCCACACAUGACAAGUUUUGAGAAUGUUAAGUUUGAAAGUCAUAGUCCUGGGACCUAUAUACUUUACAGAAAUAUGGAUGAAGCAGGAACCGUAAAUGAGAUCCAGAUGAAGGUCUUUACUUGUAAUAAGGGAUACUACAAAUGCGCCUGUGCAGUUGCAGUCAGGGCGGCAUCAGAUGUAUUUGUUAUAGACAGAUGUCCAAGUACAUCCCCAAGACGAAUUGGGUUCCAAAGCUGUGUGGAAGACCUUUUACAUGUUGUUAAAAAUACUAAUAAUGAACAUCAAUACGAGAUUCAUUUUCCUUCCAAAACUUAUCUGGAAGUAAGAUUCGGUACAAUGGGUGGCUAUGAUACCCUCGAAUUAAGUGUAUAUCCGUCUCCUGCUGACGAAAACAAGUCUGAAGGUCUAUGUGGUACGGUUGGAUUGGAGGCAUUAAGAACGCCAGCCAAAGAGACAUCAGCUGUACCGAUAUCAACAUUUACAUCUUCUUGGUCUGUUCUUCACAAGGACAACAUGCUUGAGAUGGACAUCAAAAAAUUACAAUCAUUUCCAAGGUCAAAGAAUUCUCGAGAUCUUUGUAUUUGCAAGAAACCAGAUACGUAUGUCGCGGGUAAUAUCAUUGAUACCCUGACAUGCACAAAUGAAGAAAAAGAAUUAAUAACAUGUGAGAAGGAUAAUCGAAAAUCAGUUCAAAAGGAUAUUUGUUAUGAAAGACACAGCAGAAGGAAAAGGUCCACAGAUCGUCUAUUCACGUAUAUACCAAACAAUUAUGUUCACCCCAAGAGGAAAAGAGCAAAGAGAGCAAUUACCGUUGUCAUGACUGAACCUGAAGCAAAAUUAUGGUGCGAGAAUUUCUUGAAUAACUCUCCUGGAUUUGUAGCAUGCAAAGCUGUACCCAACAUGAACAUUGAAAGAGCAGUGGAAAUCUGUGUUUUGGAUAUUCUGGCUACGAAUUCAACAGUAUUUGCUAGCGCGCCACGAGAAAGUCUAAAGUCAUCUUGUUUAAAGGAACUCGAUCAAAAUGAAACUCUUAGAAAUACUUCUGAAAAUGGAGAAAAUCUAGCAGAAAAGAUUUUCUCCUUAGCGUGUCCAAAUGAUUGCAGCGACAAUGGCAUUUGUAGGAACGGUACCUGCAAUUGCAGUGAAGGAUUUGGAGCCGGAGAUUGUUCCAUCAAUCUCAAUGAUCCACCGGUGGUGUUUGCUGUCAACUACGAAACUGGGGGACUUUGUGAUAAGUUAUAUUGCAAAGUUGCCGUUGUUGAGGGAGACCAGUUUUUAAAUAGACCGGAACUGACAUGCAAAAUGAAACGUUUCGAGAUGAACAUGAAUGGCACAGCCCUGGAGUUAGAAACAACGUUAAUUCCUGGAGAUCACAACACGAUCGGUGAUAUUCGAUGUAAAUUUCCUCACUCUAUUUCAAAGAGAUCGGUAUCAAAGACAGCUUUUGUUACUGGAUAUCACGUUUCUGUCAGUAAUAACAAAAGAAAUUUCAGCGAUGUCCAUCCAAUAUAUAUCUUGGAUUCCACUUGUCAAGACACGGUGAACGUUUCUGGUCAACUUCGGUUUGCUUUGAAGGCGGGGUUCUGUUUCAUUCAUGGUUCAUGCUUAGCGGAUGGAUUUCAAAAGGGGUGCUACGAAUGUGAUGUUCUCCGAAACACAUUUGAAUGGUCAUUUCGAGGAGAUGUCAAAGGCUGUAAAGUGGAGAAAGAGAAAUCAGAUUCAAAGCUGUGGAUUAUUGCAAUAGUUUUCGCCGUUCCUCUCCUAGUUGCUAUAACUUUACUGUUUCUUUAUAUAAAAAAGAAGAAGGAGAGUCAAUCUAUGUCAGACACAUCGAAGGAUUUCUAUGUGAAUAUAAAUAAAGGACAUCGAAUUGAACCUGUACUGUCUUUGGUACUAGAGAACACAACAUUGACGUGA